AUGAAUCCAACAGACUUCGGAAACCAUACAAUCAUUACUGAAUUUCUCUUGCUGGGAUUUGGGAAUUUGGGUCGUCUGGAUCUCCUCUUCUUCUUCAUCUUCCUAGUGAUCUACAUUGUGACCAUGGUGGGCAACAUCCUCCUCGUCGUACUGGUGGUAUCGGACCACAACCUUCACACACCCAUGUACUUCUUCUUGGGAAAUCUGUCUUGCUUAGAGAUCUGCUACAGUUCCAACAUUAUGCCCAAGAUGCUAGCUGGCCUCAUCAUCUACCAGGGCAAAGUCAUUCCUGUGGCAGGCUGCAUGACACAGUUUUAUUUUUUUGGUUUCCUGGUAGUUGCAGAGUGUUAUCUCUUGGCUGCCAUGUCUUAUGAUAGGUAUGUGGCAAUAUGCAAGCCGUUGCUCUAUGUGAUUGUUAUGGAUGGCAAAACUUGCGUUCAGCUAGUGGCAGGGGCUUGGGUAAGCAGUUUGCUGGUUAUUAACCUAACAAUAUGUUUAAUCCAGCAAUUAACCUUCUGCGGUCCCAACACAAUUGACCAUUUCUUUUGUGACUACAGCCCAUUGUUGAAGCUGUCUUGCAGCGACACCCACAUGAUGGAGCUGGUAACUACUCUUCUGGCAGGCCUUUGUUCCCUGCCACCCUUUGUUUUAACUCUGGCUUCCUACAGUUCUAUCAUACGAGCCAUUCUGAGAAUCCCGUCCACUGUUGGAAAGCAAAAGGCCUUCUCUACCUGCUCCUCUCACCUCAUGGUAGUGUCCAUCUUCUAUGGCACGAUCAUUAUUGUCUACCUGUUACCAAGAACGGAUGCAAUGCGAGAUUGGAACAAGGUCUUUUCUCUCUUCUACAUAGUCCUGACCCCAUUGCUCAAUCCCCUUAUAUAUAGCCUGAGAAACAGGGAGGUGCAGAAUGCUUUGAAUAAAGUGCUUCUUAAAUUACUCAUUUACAGAACUGUAGCUUAA